AUGACUUUUAGAGUGUGCUUAGCUUUAAGUUUUAUUUUUUUAGCCGGUGCUACGCCACUAAAGCCUGCAUUUUGGAAAGGAACUCCUUUGGAUUCAGUGGUAGAAAGGAUGAGGUCUUCUUGUGAAGAAGAUGAUUCUAUUGCUUGCUUCCAGUAUAAGGCUUUUUCAUUUUUGGAUACUAUACUCCAGAGGGAUCAGUUUCAUUUGACUGAAAAUAUAGAGGUGACUCGUAACAAUUAUCGUUCUAAUGAAAUACUUGGAAGAUCAGACAAUUCUCUCGAAGAAGCAUUGGAGGAAUUUAUUAAAAGCCAUAAUGUUAAAAUUAGUUUACCAGCAAUUGGCGAUUUGACACUUGAUUCAAGAGGUUUGGAUAAUGAAGAAAUCGAUUUGAAACUGAAUUUUAAUUCUGGAAGAGCUGUUGAAGCUCGCAAGAAAUCCAAGUUGAAGAAGAUUUUUAUUCCAAUUUUGGUAUUCAUCCUGCUUAAAGCCAUAACUUUAGUACCUUUUGCCAUUGGUGUUCUUGGACUAAAAGCAUGGAAUGGUCUUCAGCUUGCAUUCUUUUCCUUUAUAAUCUCUACAGGCUUAGCCAUUUUCCAAAUGUGUCAGAAACUUGCUGCAGAUAGCGCCCACGCCCACAUAGCUGCCGCACCCGCAGGAUGGGAAGCUGUGGCUGCUAGAAAUUUCAACGAGGACGCUAAUAAAAUGGCAUAUUCUGCAUAUGUUAAUUAG